CAAAUCAAAAUUCUCUAGUAACAGAUUAUGUGUUAGAUAUCAAUCAAAAAUUUUUUUAUAUAAUUUAAUUCUAAAUUAAGUUUUAAAAUGGACCAAAAGGAAAAGGUAAAAUUCGUAUUUGAGAAGGAAGAGCAGGAAACGAUAUCUGAAAAAGAUAAAAAGAUGACUUCUGCUGGUAAAACAGGAAAGAAAGAAGCACCUGAAAGCUCCGGAAUGGACCAAAAGGAAAAGGUAAAAUUUGUAUAUCAGAAGGGAGAACAGGAAACGAAACUUGAAAAAGAUAAAAAGAUGACUUUGGCUAGCAAGAAGCAUCUAACAGGAAGGAAAGAAGCAUCUGAAACGGAAGCGCAGGGAAAGGUAAAAUUUGUAUUUCACAAAGAAGAGGAGGAAACAUCUGAAAAACCGAUGUCUUUGGCUAGUGAGAUUGAACAGUAUCCUCUGCCCUCAAAUCAAGAUUAUCUGAGUUAUUAUGUGUAUCAAGGGGAGUGGAGACCAACGAAGCCUUUACGUCCGAUUGGAGCGAUGUCAGGCAGCCCAGGGCCAGCAAUUGUUAAUUUACCAUCCACAAUAGGAAGUGAAGGGCAUGAUCCAAGUAAAACUAGAGCUCCCAGCUAUAAAAUGGGUCAGAGGUUGAAGUGGAGAGACACAACUUUUGGACCGGGACCAGGAGCCUACGAUAUCAACGCUAUUUGCAAAGUGACUAAUCAAGGGAAGGACAGCAAUUUGGCUCCGAAGAUCGGGACAGCAAAGAGAUUUGAUGAUAAAGUAGACGAUCGAUCGCCCGGUCCAGCAGCUUAUAAUCGAGAUGCUGGUGAUAAACUUGUUUUUCCAGCAUCACCAGCUUACACCAUGCGCCAAUCAGAGCGAGGAAAAAUGAAAAUACCGUUUGUUCCAGCUCCAAAUGCUUAUAUGCUUCCAUCGUCAAUUGGUUUUGGAAAAUCUCCCUACGUCACAGGCCCAGCAUAUUCAAUGGGAAAAGCAGAAAGAACACCUGAUGCCAAACUAGAUCAAAAUCCGGGACCAGCUGCAUAUAUGUUACCAUCAACUAAUGUUAAUAUGGCAAAGAGUCCAGGAUUUUACAUGGGUGUUAAAUUUCCAUUGCCUUCUGGAAUCAGUUCUUCACCUGGGCCUGCUGCAUACAGUUCUCAUUUGGUGAAAUUCGACAAAUACAGCACACCAAGAAUCACAUUUGGAAUACGGCAUUCACCUUACCAAGCUUACCCUGGAUUUGCAGCAGGAAACUAGUAUAAAAAGUAGUUAUAUAGGACUUACAUUAAUCAAUUCAUCAUUUUAACAGAAUAAUUUUAUAUUGUGCAUGCUUGAUUUCAUA